CACAAACUUCCUUCCUUUACUGCUUUACAGUCCCCAAGAUGCCUGUUGAGAUUCUCAUCGUUGGCGCCGGCGCCAUUGGAGCUUUCUAUGCCUCACGCCUUGCCCUCGUCUCCGGCACCUCUGUCUCCGUCAUCUGCCGCUCAAACUACAACGCAGUCAAAGCGAGCGGCUUCCACGUUACCUCUCCUCAGUACGGCGACUAUACAUACGUACCUGCGAACACGUUUGCGAAUCCAGAAGAAGCUAAACAGAGUGGUAUACAAUGGGAUUACAUUGUUGUGAGCACAAAGGCCCUACCGGACGUAAGCGACGACUCGACAAUACUGGAGGGCUUGGUUGGCGAUAAGACAGCUAUUGUGCUGAUACAGAAUGGCUUGGGCGUCGAGGAGCCAUACGCGAAGCGCUUUCCACAAGCUGCUAUAUGUUCGGCGGUCACCAUAGCGACGUGCGCACAGCCUGCGCAUGGUCAGAUCAAGCACAAUCGUUGGACGCGCAUAAACAGCGGGCCAUACCUACCGCACCUCGACACCGGCGGUAUUAAAGAUUCGGACACAAGAGUUACGGAACAGAACAAUGCCUUCAUCGCAUUGUUGAAGGAAGGCGGUAUCAAAGACGCCGAAGCCUACAGCCACGCCAAACUACAACUCGUCCGAUGGCACAAGAUCGCUAUCAACGCCUCUAUGAACCCCAGCUCGGUGUUGACUCUCUGCUCGACCAAUAAUGCCAUGGCUUCCGACCCCGAGCUACAACUCCACCUGAAAGGCGUCAUGACGGAAAUCCUAGAAACAGCGCCAAAGAUCUUGGGACAGCCACUGCCGAAGGAGUUCGCUACGCCUGACAAAAUCAUCACAAGUACACAGAGGAAUACAAGCGGCAGUAAGCCAAGUAUGGCUAUUGAUUGGGAGAGCGGGAAGAGGAUGGAAAUUGAGGUCAUUUUGGGUAAUCCGAUAAGAAUUGCGCGGGAGAGGGGGUUUGAGAUGCCGCGACUGCAGACGCUAUAUGCUCUCGUGCGGAUGGCACAGGAGGUCAGAGAUAAAUCAAAGACAAAGAGCAAGUUAUGACCACAAGUCUUCAAACAAUGUCACUCACUACAACUGCGCGGGCUGCAACAAUCACGCAGUCCCUCUUCCCAUUCCCUGAAUUGGUACAUUUCAACGGAAGUAGUAGCACUGUUUGCAAGCUCCAGCGAGCAAUUCGCCAUCAGGCUGGUGGAUAUAUAGGUUCUUAACGUAUGUCGCGUAUUCCUGUAAAAAUCAUUGUGACAGUAAAAAGCGGGUAGAAAAGCGUUUCACCUUCACCUUCACCUUCAUCGAAGGACUAGGGACCCUCAUGGCGUUUCAAAGUUACUUCACGUGAUCGCUACUCGCUGCUAUUGUCACGCAGUGUACAAUAGACGACCCGCCUGAG